AUGAUCCACUCUUACUUCUGGGGAACCGAUCCGAUUGGAUCUGAGGUUACCGAUCGGGUUCGGAAAGAGCUAGUCGAUAAGUGGUGGCUAUACGUUUGUCCUUCCGAUAAAGGGUGUGAUGAUCCGCUCAUCAAUCCGUUUGCAGAUGGAUCCCCGGAUCUUGCAGGGUUGGCAUGCCAUAGAAUCCUUGUUAUUGUUGCAGAGAAGGAUAUAUUGAAGGACAGGGGGAGGUUUUAUUACGAUAAAUUGGUGAAAUCUGAGUGGAAAGGAAAAGCGGAGAUUAUGGAGACUGAAGGUGAGGGUCAUGUGUUCUAUAUCUUUAACCCUGAAUCCGACAAGGCCAAGAGCUUGUUCAAACGCUUGGCUGCUUUCUUGAACCAAGGCAAGUGA